GGCUGAGAAUGAGGAAAGACAGAGGGUGAGUCAACAGGACCAGCCACGUCCUGCUGCUAUUUAAAGUCCCACAGCCAUAGCCUGACACCACUGCUUCACCACUGAGGCACCAUGGCAGACUGCUGCACAUGCACAGACACUUUGCAGUAUGACACCCCAUUCCCUGAUGGCCUCCAAGUUGGCACUGCAAUGAAAAUCCGUGGAUACUUUCCCUCUGGUACUGACAGGUCUGACAUCAACCUGGCGUGCAGUACUCGCACAGAUGGUGACAUUGCCCUGCACUUCAACCCCCGCUUUGAUCAGAACAAGGUUGUCUUGAACUCAAGGGUGAAUGGUGUUUGGGGUACAGAAGAGUUUGGACCUCAUUAUCCCUUCCAGUAUGGACAGCUAUUUGAGGUGAUGAUCAUCACCACCAAAGACGGCUUCAAGGUCCUGGUGGGGAACCAGUCUUAUCACUUCUUCUGCCACCAGAUGCCCCUGCAGAGAGUGCACUAUUUGUUGGUGGGCAGGAACAUCAUCCUGGAGUCAGUGAACAUCUGCUGAGCCCGUGAAAUGAGAGUAGACAGGCAUGGAGCCUGAUCUCAGAUGAUAAACUCAGGUCCCAGCAUA